AUGCCAAUGUUGCAUGGAUCUGCAGCACACCUCCCAGAAAAGCGGCAGAUCGUAGUGCCCACAGCUGGCUCGAUCGUUGAACCGUCCAACUACACCGCUAUCGCCCCUGGAGCGGUAUUUGACUUCGUUUUCGACUCGGUCAACUACUGCGAGUCGGGUUACGAGCCCAUAACAGUGUGGCUGUUCGAGCAACCGCCUUCCAUCGAUGACAUGGCGUCCGACGGAACGUUCCAGAAUGGCACUUAUCUGUACUACUUUGGCAAAUGGCUCAUUAACAAUUUCGGUCUCCCGCCCAUGCAGACCCCACCUAACAACUUGACCAUGCCUGACUUUUCGGCUGCCGCCGAGGGCUCCCAGAUCUUCUCGAAUGCCACGUUCUACCUCACGGUUGUCGAGACAUACGAAGAUUGUCCGGGAGAUAUUCCCUACGAAUAUGGCUUCACAAGCAAUGUCGUAAUAUACAAUGCCACGUCAAGCACCUGA